AUGCCUCCAAAAAGUGCGAAGAAGGAGCGGAAACCCUUAUGGCUUGAAUGUGAUAAAUGUGGGACAAAAAUAAUAAAUGAGAAAAUGAAAAAUCACACAAAUGAGUGCGGCACAUUGAAUGGUUAUGGUAUUUCCAAUCAAAUCUUCAAAUCAACAUUAACUCAUUCUCUUCCACUUGAGAUCGAUAGUAAAGAUACAUCCACGACUUAUCUUCAAAGGUUCGUUUUCAUUCCUGAAUCUGUAUGUGUCAUUUGUAAUUUUACAAUGAACUGCAAUCUGUUAAUAGAAUUGGAUGAAAAGAAAUAUGUAAGAACAUCUUGGACUGUCAGUGACAAACAUAUGGACUCUUUCUUUUCAAAUUCUGAAGAAUUCAAAUUAGAAUUUUCUUCGAACAAACCGAUCAACAUUUCAAGAUUUAACAGCCAAAGUGUUCGAUUGAUGCAAUCAAUUGAACUUCAUAUGUCAGAAAAGCUUCAGGAUAAAAAAAAUAUUGAACGACUCUUAAGAGUAAAAUUAAAAGAUACAAUCAUUCAUUCAAGCAACAUAUUCGUCAUCGAUUUCCUCAAUAAAAAAAUUAAAUUUACAAUCAAGUCAAUGACUGCAUUUCCUGAGGAUGACAUAAGCGAGAAGUUCUCACAAAUUAAUCUCAACAAUGACCAUUUUUACAUGUUCACUGAUAAAUCUUUGAUAAAAUUAACUAAUGAAAGUGAACAUUCUUCGUUGAAUUCUGAAAAUAAAUUAAAGUUUUCACUCAGUCAAAUUGGAGGACUUGAAGAUGUAAUUGAAGAUUUAAGAAAAACUUUAAAUUGCGUACUUGGUAUUGAAACAACAAGCUCCAUGAUGAAAUUAUCUCGAGGAGUUCUUAUUCAUGGAAUACCUGGAAGUGGAAAGUCAAUGUUAACUCAUGCAUUAGCCUCGAGUUAUUCAACAGCCAAAAUAAUCGUCAUCGAUUCAUGGAAAAUUUUCAGUAAAUUUUAUGGUGAAUCCGAAUCGAAUUUAAAAAAGCAUUUUGAUGAUGCUUUUCUUAUUUAUCCAACACCAGCAAUUAUAAUAAUCGAUGAAAUUUCGAAUAUUUGUCCGAAAAAUGAUUCAUCGGAUGCAGUUAGAAGAGUUUCAUCGUCACUUGCUUUGCUUCUCGACAGUCUCCACAUUAAGAGAAAUGCCAGCAAAACUUUUGUCUUUGUUAACACAAGCAAUCUUGAUAAUGUUGAUCCAGCAAUACGGAGAAGUGGUCGACUUGAUUAUGAAAUUGAAGUUCCUGUUCCAAACACAGAAAUUCGACAUAAAAUUUUAAAUAAAAUGCUAUUGAAACAUCAACAAAAUUUAACAAAAGAUGAAGUUAAGGAAAUAGCUAAACAUACUCACGGUUUUGUUGGUGCUGAUCUUGAGAAUUUAAUAUCAAAGUCAAUGAAAGUGGUGAAGAUUAAUGGAAGUUUUAAAGAAACUUUUUCAUUUUCUGAUAUUAUGAAUAAUCUUUCGUCAGUUAAGCCAAGUGCCAUGCGUGAACUUCUCAUUGAAAAACCUGAUAUUAAAUGGUCAGACAUUGGUGGAAUGAAAGAUUUGAAGUUAAAAUUGAAACAAAUUGUGGAAUGGCCAAUAAAUCAUCCUGAAACUUUCGCAAGAUUAGGAAUUAAGCCGCCAAGAGGUCUUCUGAUGUUUGGUCCACCAGGAUGUUCAAAAACAAUGAUCGCAAAAGCUUUAGCAACUGAAAGUAAUUUGAAUUUUAUAUCAAUUAAAGGAUCAGACUUAUUCUCCAUGUGGGUGGGUGAAUCAGAGAAAGCUGUUCGUGAUUUGUUUGUGAAAGCUCGUCAACUAUCGCCAUGUAUAAUUUUCUUUGAUGAAAUUGACGCGAUUGGUGGCGAGAGAUCAGCUGAAAGUGGAUCGUCAGUCAAGGAGCGAGUUCUAGCACAAAUUCUAACAGAAAUUGAUGGAGUUCAUGUGUUGAAAAAUGUUAUUAUUAUAGCAGCAACGAAUCGUCCUGAUUUAAUCGAUAAAGCAAUCAUGAGACCUGGAAGAUUAGAUCGAAUUGUUUAUGUUCAACUUCCUGAUGCUGAAACGAGAAAGGAGAUUUUUGAAAUAAAAUUAAAGAAAAUUCCAAUCGCCGAUGAUGUGAAGAUUGACGAUUUAGUUAAUAGAACUUCAGGAUAUUCUGGAGCUGAAAUCGAAGCAAUUUGUAAAGAAGCUGCUCUUAAAGCACUGGAAGAUUCUUUUGAUGUUGAAAAUAUAUCAGUAAAAUAUUUUUAUAAAGCUUUGGAAAUUGUGAAACCAAGAACAAGUCCUGAACUUAUGCAACUUUAUCACGAAUACGAAAUGAGACAAUAAACUUGAUAAUUUUUCUAUUUAAAUUUGUAAAAUA